UUGGAAGAAAAUAGGAGUUUCGAACGUCACUAGCAAACGCGUUGCGCAGACAAGCCACUAAAAUGUCGAAAGAAAGUGAACGCAAUAUGCGGCGACAGCAGCAAGCUGCCAGUUCGGCUCUGGCAGUAUGCUCAGAUGCCUUUGCCUUGACGCCCGCAUAAAACGUGGGACGCGGAUGGCGCGCGAACUUUAAUUUUCCACCAGUGAAAUACCGUAACUAAAUCUAAACAAUAAUGUUUCUGACUGAAAGUGAGGCUAAAUAUUAAGAACAAACAAAGUUUAAGUUUUAUUUGUAAACGAGAUUAAGUGACUUGGAUAAAAUGAAUUUGUCAGGCGAAGCUAGCAGUGGGCCGCGUAUUCUCACAGCUCGUCACAUAAGCGCAGACAAAUCUUUACCAGAAUCGAACAAUGCAAUUAAUACAACGCUUUUGUGCCAUAGCUAUAGCCAGCAUCCCGACUUUGCGUCCUACUUCUCAGCUCUCCACGGAUACGCCUGGGUACUCUGGGCCUGCAGUCUAGUGGUGCUUCUCGCAAUAUGCGCUCUCUACGUAAUCACUCUGCGGUCGGCGCUCAGGCACUGGCGCGACAAAAUCUCACACGUAGCCGUCUUAUUAAGUAUUUAUCCUAUCGUGGCAGCGACAUCGUUCGUCACACUAAUAGUGCCGAGAUCCAGGGUACCAACCGAAGCGAUUGCACAAGAGACAGUCAUGAUAGCUUUGUACCAGUUAUUCUGCUUAAUCGUAGCCGAAUGCGGUGGCAUCGAACAGUUUGUCAGAAGCGGAGGUGGAGCCGACCUAGAGACGAGGGUAUUGCCAUGCUGUUGCUGGCCGUGUUGCGUUAUACCAAGGCCGAAGUUAUGCAAGAAAAGUCUAACGUGGUUGCGGUAUUUGAUUCUACAGGUUCCAAUAGUUCAAGGAGUUAUUUACUUCAUCAUAGUCAUUAUUUGGGCUGAAGAUUUCAUGCUAUACCACCGUAACUUCGGUUACUUCCAACCGUUUAUCGCGGCGUCAAUCCUGUCGGGCAUGUGGGGCGUGGUGAUGACCGUGAGGGCGGCGGCCGGCGUCGGCCACAUGGCGCGGCCGCGCUUCUUCCUCGUACAACUAGUGCUCAUCAUUGUCAAGCUGCAGUGUGGACUGGCCAAGUCCCUGCCUGAUAUUGCCACCCUUCCCUGUGUGCUUAAUUUGCACCCCGCCGUUUAUGUUUAUAUGAUACAUAACAUCAUAAUGAUGUUAGAGAUGCUAUUGCUAUCAUUGUGGGCAUGGCGCGUCUACAGUUCGCCUCCAGGGAAGGACUUGGAGAAAGUGCAGAGAAACAGGGUCGUCGUCGCAGUAUUAGAGGAUAGCAUUCGCUCUGCUGAAAUCAAGAGCGUCAAAGACGGCAUAGAUAACAAAUCCUUCAACAAUAAUGUUGUAGUUGAUGAUUGAGUAUCCUCUCUUAAUUUAAGUUGAUGUGUAAAUGGUGUAUUUUAAAGUAUAAUUGAUGUACGCGCAUAUCAAGAGACAGAAAUUGAUAACGAUGAAGUUUUCUUGAAAAUGAAACUAGAUGUUGCACGAUAUUUAGAUUAGUUAGGUGUCGUGUCUGUGUUUUAGACAAACACGCUUUUUUGUAAUUGUGAUCUGUUUCCCAGUGUCGUAGGAUCUAGGAAAUAAUGUACCUGAUUGGGCUUGUGAAAACUGUCUAUUAUGCAUCUUUUAGUAUUUUGAUAUCUAGUACCUAAUGUACAAGUUAGUUGGUGUCAAUUUUGGAGUUUUCGUAAUCUCAAUAUAUUCUGAAAUGUAUUAUGUUACUUUUGUAUCCUCAAUCAAGCCCAUAGGUGUAUAAAAUUAAUGUGAUAUUUAACACACUCGAAUUAGUUUUAAAUAUACAUUUAUAAUCGA